AAGGAGGAGCUAAACAAACUAGAUUUGGCUUGCCAAGAAUGGGGUUUUUUCCAGGUGGUAAAUCAUGGAGUUGCAAAGGAAGUGUUGCAGAAACUGAAAGAUGCUGCAGCUGAGUUUUUCGAGCUUCCACUAGAAGAGAAGAACAAGUAUGCGAUGCCACCAGACGACAUACAAGGCUACGGGCACGCAUAUGUCGUGUACGAAGAGCAGAUACUGGACUGGUCGGAUGCACUGAUACUUGUGCACUCUUCUCAUUAUAGGCAGCUCAAGUUUUGGCCUAAGUCAGCAAGAGGCCUCCAGUAUGGAUUCAUAUGACCUGACCAAAGAACUUCACUUUUUUUCCUUCAUAUUUGCUCCAUGUUAACUGAAAUAUACUUCCAUACAGCGAAAUCAUAGAAGAAUAUUCAAAUGCAAUCCAGAAAGUGGCAACGGAGCUCUUUCAAUCCCUUUCUCUGAUAAUGAGAAUAGACAAGGAAGCUCUGAUUGGACUGCAAAAACAAUUGGUGCAUUGUUACCGAGUGAACUACUAUCCUCCUCGCUCCAAACCAGACCAAGUACUAGGUGCUAGUCCACAUUCCGACAAUAGCACUAUAACCAUACUCAUGCAGGACAACGACGUGUGUGGAUUACAUAUUAAGCACAGCAACGAGUGGGUGCCGGUUAAUCCGAUCCCAAAUUCUCUAGUAGUGAUCGUCAGCGAUGUCGUUGAGAUGUGGAGCAACGGCAAGUACAAGAGUAUCGAACACAGAGCUGUUGCAAAUGAUAACAGGGCAAGAAUCUCUUACGCGUCAUUCCUGUUCCCGCACGAUAAGGUUGAGAUCGAGCCCCUGAAUCACAUGAUCGACCAGAAAACAGAGCAGCAGAUUUAUAAGAAGGUGAAAUAUGGGGACUAUUUGAGGAACUCCAUGAAGAGAAAAAUGGAGGGCAAAGCACACACCCAGAUGGCAAAGGUUGAGGCUACCUUAGAAACUUUGUAA